AUGACAAAAGCAGAACUCAUCAACUUCCUCCAAGCUUCGACAACUCCUAAUGUUGUGGAGAAAACACGUCAAGCUAAUGGGAAAUAUUUCAAAGUAAACGAAACAGAAUUUGAGCAAGAUGCUGAAAAGUUGGUGAUGGAGGAACGAAAGAAGUUUUCAGAAACCAAAAAUAGUAAAUAUCUUAAAAUGACUAUGUUCAAUCAGAUAGAUUCUGAGUCCCAAAUUCAUAAUUGUUUAGAUGAAAUAUAUAAUGAAGAGAAUAAGGCUAUUAAAAUCAAUUUAAGUUUCGGCUAUGUAACCGUGAAAAAUAAUGAUUUGAAACUAUUCAAACCUGGACGCAACUAUUUCUUCGAUACAGUGAAACAAAUAAACAACGCUGAAGACAUCUCUAAUUUGAAAAAAGAAAUAACUGUUGAAACUAUUACACACAAGCUAACUAACAGAUUUCCUGAUUCAUCAACACGUUUAGUUGGUGUCUAUGCUAUGGCAGUAAAAAUUACACGAUUAGAUUUUCCUAUUGGAGCACCGAUUAAUUUACCUCAAUACAUCUUGAACUCCACCUCAAUCAUAAGUCUACAGAAUGUUGAUAACAAUAUGUGUUUCUGGUAUUGUAUUGCUGUUGCUGAUGAAGAGAGCAGAAAAGAUAGAGUUAGCAGGAAAGCUAAGCAGUUAUUCAAAAACUUCUAUGGAGCUGAGAAACGUGUUACGAAUUAUGUUGGAUUUGAUUAUGUUAACGAGCUUGAUAAAUAUGAAAAAUUUAAUGAAGAUUUCGCAGUUAAUAUUGUAAGCUACUAUGAAGAUAAAACAAUUUCAUACGUUAGGAAAUCAUCUUACAACGCUUCAAGAAAACCUAUCUACCUAAAUUUAUAUCUCAACCACUUUUCUUACAUAACUGAUUUGAGUAAACUAUAUUCUAUUUUCUUGUGUCAAAGGUGUGGAAAGAAAUUUGGAGAUAAUGCUCACCGAGAUAGACAUUAUGAUAGCUGUACCUUAACACAAGAAGAUACAUUUGACAAGUACCCAACACUUUGGAAGAAAGAUCGAAACUUGAUUGUAGAAUUAGCUGAUAUCUAUGAUGUAGAAGUUGAUUUUAAGUAUGAUUAUAUGAUAACUUUUGAUAUGGAGUCUAGAAUGCAAAAAAUGAACGAUAAGGUUAGUGAUAAAUUAACAUACACUAUGAAACACAUUCCGACGUCUGUGGCAAUUGCUACCAAUGUACCUGGGUUUGAAGAUGAUAAGUUUAUACUAAAUGAAGAUCCUAAUGAGCUAGUGAAAGAAAUGUUUAAAUGGUUUGAUGAUGUGGCUUCGAAAGCAAGUCAACUAAUGUUAGAGAAAAUGCAACCACUAUUAUGUCGAUUAGAAUCUAAUGAUUGGUUGAAGUCUAAGGUACAAAGAUAUUGUGAAGUGAUUCCUAUAGUUGGAUUUAAUAGUAGUUUCUAUGACAUAAACUUAAUAUCUUCAUCUUUCGUUCAAGAAAUUAUGAAGAGAAGAGAACUAGAUAAAAUUGAUCCAAUGGUAAUUAUAAAGAGGCGACAAGAUGGUGGUGUUGACCCAAUGGUAAUUAAAGAAGGAAACAGAUACAAGACUAUAAAAACAAGACAGUUUCAAUUUCUAGAUCAAAUGAGUUAUGUCGCUGCUGGCACUAAAUUAGAAAGUUUCAUCAAAGCAUAUGUUAAUGUUCAAAAAGGAUGGUUUCCUUAUGAAUGGUUUGACUCCUAUGAUAAGCUGAAUUAUCUAACACACAAUUUGACAAUAGAAGAUUUUAAUUCUUCAUUGAAUGGUUCUAUGGCUCAAGAAAACUUUGAUGACUUGAUGAAGAUUUGUGUUGAUAAAAAUUUAGUGACAGUUAGAGAUUUAUUAGAAUGGUAUAAUAUCUUAGAUGUAAGACCAAUGUUAGAAGCUUGUUUGAAACAAAAAGAAUUCUUUUACACAUUCAAGCUAGACAUGUAUAAAGAUGCUUGUUCGCUACCAGGUCUUAGUGAAAAUAUUUUGUAUCAGUUUCAAAUUAGUGGAUUCGAGGAAUAUUUGAAAGAAAAACCGAAGAAGAUUGAGCAUUAUACCCCUAUAAGUGAAACACAAAUAAAUAAGAGAAUAGAUGGUUAUCGUCAACAAGAUGAAAAAGCAAAAAGACCACCUUGUGAUUUGACUGUCGAUUGUGUUAGAGAAAUACUAGAAAAUGGGAACCAUAGUUGUAUAUACUGUUGGUUAGAGUUAGGUAGUGAUACAUGGUCUCUUGAUAGAAUUGAUAAUGCUCUACCUCAUACCAAAUCCAAUUGUGUUGCUUCCUGUAUCAAAUGUAAUAAAGCUAGGUCAGAUAAGAUGUUCAAAGAGUUUUACAGACACAAAGCAAUGUUGAGAUUCGAAAAGGAUCAUCCAAUGAUCUGGUUGUUUGGAGAAGAAAACAAAAAAGCAUUCUACAAGCUCAAAAAGAAUAUAACUGGUGGUGCAUCUAUUGUGUUUCAUAGAUAUCAUGAAGUAAAUAAAACAGAAAUAACACGAGCUCAUUACAACGGUACCGAAUGGACGUAUCCGGAAAAAGGUAAAGCUGUAAAGAAAAUAGUAGGGUUCGAUGCAAAUGCUUUAUAUCUUCAUUCCUUAGGAGAAGAGAUGACUUGUGGAAAACUAUACUUUAAAGAAAAUGAUAAUUGGAGUGAAAUUGAGAAACAAGUUUUAGACAAUUCAUUCUUCGGAUUUUUAGAAGUUGAUAUUGAAGUCCCUAAAGAUAAGUGGAACUAUUUUAGUGAGAUGUGUCCAAUCUUUGUAAAUAAGGAAUAUGAUGAAACUAUCUGUGGAGAUUAUACAUUAAACCUUUUGAAAUCCUUAGAAAGAAAACCAACAAAAAGUAGAAAGUUAGUUGUUUCACUUCAAGCCAAACAAAUAUUAAUUAAGUCUACAAGACUGCGGUGGAUGUUAGAACAUGGUUGUGUUGUUACAAAACUCUACGGAUAUAUUGAAGCAAAACGGAGGAGAAUUUUCAAAGGCUUUAUGGAUUGGGUUUCAGAUGAAAGAAGAAAAGGUGACGUUGACUCAAAGUAUGCAAUCAUAUCGGAAGGUGCUAAACUUGUGGGAAAUUCAGCAUUUGGUAGAACAGGAAUGGAUAAAAACAAACAUACAAAAGUAAGUUUCUGUAAUGAAGUGGAGUUUAAUAGAGCUAAAAACGAUUACUUUUAUUAUGAUGCAGAGGAAUAUAAUGGGAUUUACGAAGUAACAAAAAGACCAAAAAAGGUUAAACAGAAUAUGGCUCUACAAAUUGCCUGCAGUGUUUACGAUGAUUCGAAGUUGAAUAUGUUAAAAUUCUACUACGACUGUAUAGAUAAGUAUGUCGAUAGGUCUGACUUCCAGUACAUUGAAAUGGAUACCGAUUCAGCUUAUAUGGCUAUUACUGGCAAUACUUUAGAGGAUUUGAUUAAACCUGAGAUGAAGGAGGAAUUUGAGAGAGAUAAAUUUAAUUGGUUUCCUAGAACUGAUACAGAGGAGCAUCGCCGAAUAGAUAAAAGAACACCAGGUUUAUUUAAAGUGGAAAAAGAGGGGGAUGGUAUGAUAGCAUUAUGUAGUAAAACUUAUUGUAUUUGGACAAAUGACGAUAAAUGUAAAGUUUCUUCAAAAGGUGUUCAGCAGAAAAGAAAUAGCUCUAUUCUAACUAAAGAAAAAUAUUUAGAAUGUCUUGUUAAUAAACAAACAAUAGUUGGACUGAAUAAAGGAUUUAGAUUCCAGAAUCAAGAAAUGAAAACUUAUGAACAGAAAAAGAUAGGAUUAUCUCCUGUAUAUGGAAAAGGAGUUGUGAUGGAUGAUGGUAUUCACAUUAGACCUAUUAUAUUUGAGUAA